AUAGUGUCGUUUGGGCCGGGUCCUGGCUCCUUAGUGUGGAUCACCGCACCUACACUACAGCCUUGGCAACCCCCAAACCAGCAGCGGCGGAGAGGAGUGGCCCGGCGCUGGAAGAAUGCAGCUCUGCCGAGGGGCCAGAACCCGACACAGUCUCCCCACGAUUUAAACCUCCCGAGCGGAGCCUGGGCGACCCAACGGUGCGGGUCGCGGACCCUGCACCCGAACCGCUGGAGGCACUGAUCCAUCUGCCAACCGGAGCCUCCGGGCUUCGGCUUCGACAUGCUGGAGGAGCCCCGGCCUCGGCCUCCGCCCUUGGGCCUCGCGGGUCUCCUGUUCUUGGCCUUGUGCACUGGGGCUCUGAGCAAUGAGAUUCUGGGCCUGAAGCUGCCGGGCGAGCCGCCCCUGACUGCCAACACCGUGUGCUUGACGCUGUCCGGCCUGAGUAAGCGGCAGCUGGGCCUGUGCCUGCGCAGCCCCGACGUGACGGCGUCGGCGCUCCAGGGUCUGCACAUCGCGGUGCACGAGUGUCAGCACCAGCUGCGGGACCAGCGCUGGAACUGCUCGGCGCUCGAGGGUGGCGGCCGCCUGCCGCACCACAGCGCCAUCCUCAAGCGGGGUUUCCGAGAGAGUGCCUUCUCCUUUUCUAUGCUGGCUGCUGGGGUCAUGCACGCAGUUGCCACAGCUUGCAGCCUGGGUAAACUGGUGAGCUGUGGCUGCGGCUGGAAGGGCAGUGGUGAGCAGGACAGGCUACGGACCAAACUACUACAGCUGCAGGCACUGUCCCGGGGCAAGAGUUUUCCCCACUCGAUGCCCAGCCCUGUCCCUGGCUCUGGCCCCAGCCCUGGCCCCCAGGACACAUGGGAAUGGGGUGGCUGUAAUCAUGACAUGGACUUUGGAGAGAAGUUCUCUCGAGAUUUCUUGGAUUCCAGGGAAGCUCCCAGGGACAUCCAGGCUCGAAUGCGAAUCCACAACAACAGGGUGGGGCGCCAGGUGGUAACCGAAAACCUGAAGCGGAAGUGCAAGUGCCAUGGCACAUCCGGUAGCUGCCAGUUCAAGACCUGCUGGAGGGCGGCUCCGGAGUUCCGGGCUGUGGGAGCAGCCCUGAAGGAGCGACUGGGUAGAGCCAUCUUCAUCGAUACCCACAACCGCAAUUCUGGAGCCUUCCAGCCCCGGCUGCGUCCACGUCGCCUCUCAGGAGAGCUGGUCUACUUUGAAAAGUCUCCAGACUUCUGCGAGCGAGACCCCACUGUGGGCUCCCCAGGCACCAAGGGCCGGGCUUGCAACAAGACCAGUCGCCUGUUGGAUGGCUGUGGCAGCCUGUGCUGUGGCCGUGGGCACAAUGUGCUGCGGCAGACGCGAGUUGAACGCUGUCAUUGCCGCUUCCACUGGUGCUGCUAUGUGUUGUGUGACGAGUGCAAGGUCACCGAAUGGGUCAACGUGUGCAAGUGAGGGUCAGCCUUACCUUGUGCUGGGGAAGAAGACUGUGUGAGAGGCGCUCUUCCUCUGCCUUUUGCUCUGAUUUCUGUAAAAGGUCAAUCUUGGCUCCUGGAAGCUACAAGUGACUACCUGGAAAUAGUUUUGGGGGUAACCGGGAUUAGAUGGAGGUCGUGAUGUGCAGCCUUCUCCCCAUAAUUGAAGAGCCUUUGAGGGAAGCAGUCACUGGCUUUUGCUCCUUAAACAUCCAAGUGAACUUAAGAUGAAAUGCACUGUAUUGCUCCCCCUUUCAACCCCUAGGCUUCCUUUAACCCUGCUCCAUACUCCUUUGGCUGGAGAGUCCUGAUAAUUUAGCCACUCCUCUUCCUUGAAGGAUAACACCAGACAUUGCAUGGAGCCAUUAAGACCUGAAUCUAGAAAGACCACCUCCUAUUUGCAGUUCUCAAACUCCCCCAUGCAACCCAGGCCCCCUCUUUUGGGGUCAUGGGUGACAGUAGUGGUAAAGAGGUUGAUCAUGGUGAAAAGACAGAGUUGGGGUGUGCUCCCCUGAAUCCUCAAAGAGCUGUCUAUCCAGGCCCUUAUGAAAAUUGUCUCCUUCCAUUCAGAUGUUCAAGUUGCCCUACAAAGAAGGGUUUUAGCUAAAACUCCUGGAGUACUUUUUCCUUCUUCAGCAGGAAGGAUGAGAAUGGAUAAUUUAUUGUUCUGAGACUUGUUCUUGGUUCCUGUUUGAAACUAAAAUAAAUUAAGUUACUGGA